ACUCUCCAACAAAGCAUUCGCUAGUGCGCGUUUCAGCCAGCGACUUCGGAUCCAUUCAUCCUACUGCCUUAUAGACUGCCCUUUCUAGAUUACCCUGUACGAGAGGUUAUCUCGUAACUACCCGCCACAAUGUCGACCACAGUGGAAAAGAUCAAGCAAGUCGAGGAGGAGAUGGCCCGGACUCAGAAGAACAAGAACACUUCGUAUCACUUGGGACAGUUGAAGGCCAAGCUCGCCAAACUGAAGCGUGAACUUUUGACACCGUCGGGAGGAGGUGGUGGCGGCAGCGGCGCCGGCUUCGAUGUUGCUCGUACCGGUGUAGCUAGUGUUGGUUUCAUCGGUUUCCCGUCCGUCGGAAAGAGUACAUUGAUGAGCAGGUUAACGGGCCAACAUUCCGAAGCGGCGGCGUACGAGUUUACGACGUUGACCACCGUUCCGGGACAAGUACUAUACAACGGCGCGAAGAUUCAAAUUCUUGAUCUUCCCGGUAUCAUUCAAGGUGCCAAAGAUGGUAAAGGUCGUGGGCGGCAGGUUAUUGCUGUCGCCAAGACAUGCCAUCUCAUUUUCAUUGUUCUCGACGUUAAUAAGCCUCUGGUCGACAAGAAGGUGAUUGAAAAUGAAUUGGAGGGAUUCGGAAUCAGAAUCAACAAGCAGCCCCCCAACAUUAUGUUCAAGAAGAAGGACAAGGGUGGUAUAUCGAUUACGAGCACUGUGCCUCUCACUCAUAUUGAUAACGAUGAAAUCAAAGCCGUCAUGAGCGAAUACAAGAUUUCCUCUGCGGAUAUCUCGAUUCGGUGCGACGCGACAAUUGAUGACCUCAUCGACGUGCUGGAGGCCAAAAGUCGCGCAUAUAUUCCCGUUGUCUACGCUCUUAACAAAAUCGAUGCCAUCACUAUCGAGGAACUCGACCUGCUGUACCGUAUUCCCAACGCCGUCCCUAUCAGUUCAGAGCACGGCUGGAAUAUCGACGAGCUCUUGGAAAUGAUGUGGGAGAAGCUCAACCUCCGACGAAUCUACACGAAACCGAAGGGCAAGGCCCCUGACUAUACUGCUCCUGUUGUGCUCAGGGCCAAUGCCUGCACCGUCGAGGACUUUUGUAACGCGAUCCACCGAACGAUCAAGGAUCAGUUCAAGCAAGCUAUUGUCUAUGGUCGGUCCGUCAAACAUCAACCACAGCGUGUCGGUCUCACCCACGAGCUGGCUGAUGAAGAUAUUGGUUCGCGACCCUUUUGCGAGGCUUAUGGGACUAUUGGGCUGACGGUGUAA